AUGGGAAAACUUGAAAAUGCCUCAUUCAACAGUUCCGAGGGCUGCCUCUGCGGGCCUUGGCACAGCCACUUCUUUCUCCCUCUCGCAGUGGUGUAUGUACUGGUUUUUGUGGUGGGGGUGGUGGGCAAUCUUCUGGUGUGCCUGCUGAUUCUUCGGGACCAGGCCAUGAAGACACCCAAAAACUACUACCUGUUCAGCUUGGCCGUCUGUGACCUCCUGGUCCUGCUGCUGGGAAUGCCCCUGCAAGUCUACGAGAUGUGGAGCUACUCUCCCUUCCUGCUCUGGCACCUGGGCUGCUACUUCAAGACAGCUCUCUUUGAGACCGUGUGUUCCGCCUCGGUCCUCAGCAUCACUGCGGUCAGCGUGGAGCGCUACCUGGGCAUCCUCCACCCCUUCUACGCCCAACGGAAAAGCACCUGCCGGAGGGCUCGCAGCAUCCUUGGCCUUAUCUGGGGCUUCUCCCUCAUCUUCUCCGUGCUCAGCACCAUCAUCUAUGGCUUUAGGGUCCCCUACAUCCCCAGUGAGACCUGGGUUCCUGGCUCUGCCACCUGUACAGUCAUCGAGCCCAUGUGGAUCUACAAUGUCUUCAUCCAGGUCACCUCCUUCCUCUUCUACGUCCUCCCCAUGACGCUCAUCAGUGUCCUCUACUACCUGAUGGGGCUCAGGCUGAAGAAAAAUAAAUUCCUUGAGGCAGAUAAAGUGACUGGAGUUAUCCAUAGACCCGCCAGAAAAAGAUACAAGAUGCUCUUUGUCUUGUUCUUAGCAUUUGCCAUCUGUUGGGCCCCAAUCCACAUUCAUCGCCUCUUCUUCAGCUUCGUGGAGGAGUGGACCAAGUCCCUGGCUGCUGUGUUCAACCUCCUCCAUGUGGUGUCAGGUGUCUUCUUCUACCUGAGCUCAGCUGUCAAGCCUGUCAUCUAUAGCCUGCUGUCUUGCCGCUUUCAGGAAUCAUUUCAGAAAGUGAUCUCUCCUUCCUGCAAAAGAUGGUACUCCCAGCAUCACUCACGGAAGCCAGCAGGCCAGCAGAACAUCUUGCUGACAGAUCGCCACCUUUUGAAGCUGACUGAAGACACAGGUCCCCAGCUGCCUUGACAGUCAUCCAUCUGCAACUCUCAGCUCUGA